AUGAGCGCGAGGCGCCACGGCGCAGGCCCGCCCCCGACCAACGGCAAAGCGCUGCCUCCAGGCGGCCUCUCCCCUGCCGCCCCGCCGCCUGUCACUCCUGAACUUCAGCCGCCCGGCCCUCGCCCUCGAGGCCCCCGCCGAGAAAAUCCAAACACGACAAAACGCCCACCGGGGCCACCCCAUCUGCGCGGCCACGUUUCGGGCGGCGGGGGCAGGUCGGCGGCGCGGCCCCGGGCCGGGCGGACGCGCGCCGCGGGGCGGGGACCUGCCGCCCUCACCACAAGGGCCGGGACCGAGGAGCAGCGGCUCCGGCGAGCUCCUCCCGCCCUUCCCUGGCGAACUUCGCCGGCCGCUCGGACUUCCGCCCCGGGCGCACCUGCUCCGCUCCUUCCCUUCCCGGGCGGCCCCUCCGGCGGAGCGCGCCUACUCCAGGCCCCCGGCCGGGCCCCGCGAGCCCACCACCCGCGUCGGCCGCUUCCCGGCCCCACGGGCCACGCGCUGCCCGCCGAGCAACUCGCACGGCCGCCCCCUUGCCCGGUUUCCCCGUGCCCUCAGGCGGAGGCAUUGGUCCCUCCGCGCCCCGCGGCCACGUACCUUCCAGCCCGCAGAGCCGUCGCUGUCGUCUUUUCCCCUGAAGCGGGACCCGCUCUGGACCCUCCACCGCAGAUCCGCGGAAGAGGGAGCCGCUUCUCAGCCGAGGUCUCUGAAGUCUGGCCGGGCCAGCGGCUCCAAGUGAGGGCCGUUCGCCGCCCUCCGCCCGUCGCGGGAGAGCCGAGAAGGGGCGAGUGCGGCGCCGGGAGCCCAACGGGUGCGAGGCGGCGAUCCGACGCUGGGGGCCGAGAUCGGGAGGAAGGCGCAGCCAAGCACAGAGCGGGCCCAGAACUUCGCGGGCCCAUCAUCUGGUCUCCGUCGGGCCGCCACGCAGACGGUACGGCGGCUCGAAGCACGGAGAGCGCAGCAGCCGCUGGUGUCCCUGCAGCGCUCAAGAUGCUACUGACGGUUGAAUAA